AUGGCCGCUCCGCCGCCGGUGCUCACCCUGGCGGUGGAGAAGGGUCCGCGCAAGGGAGAGAUCUGCCAGUGCAGCGCUGGAUCCGUGCUCCGUGUCGGGCGCGUCAUCAAAGGCAACCACUUUGCCGUGCGCGAUAAGGGCGCGUCGCAGCAACAUCUCUCCAUCGAGUUCCUCCCGCCGCCCGCCGCCGGAUGGGUCGCCUCCGAUCUGGGAUCCUCCAACGGCUCCUUCCUCAACGAUGUGCCCCUCGAGCCCUUUGUUCCCACCCCGCUUUCCCAUGGGAACCUGAUCAAGAUCGGCGAGUCCACCGUGCUCGCCGUGUCCAUCCCCUCCAAUUCGGAUCUGAGCACCGCCACCGCUGCCGACCCCGGAACUAGGUGCUCCUCGCGCUAUGCGGCAGAGACGGCGGCGGUGGAGGAGGAGAAGCCCCCUGCGGCGACCCGCCGGGGCACACGGAAGAAGGCAGCGGUGGCGGCGAUCCCCGAGGUGGAGAAUGAAGUGCCGGACGCGGCGGUAGUGGUAGUGGAGGAGGAGAAGCCCCGCCGGGGCGGACGUAGGAAGGUGGCUGCAGUGGCUCCCCCUGAACAGACGGAAGAGGGGGAGAAGGAGGCCCCGGUGGGGAGGCGCCGUGGUGGACGGAAGAAGGCCGCGGAGCCCUCUGAACCGGAGAAGGGAGAGGAGAAGGAGGAGGCCCCGCUGGCGCCGCCUGUUGGCGGGCGGAAGAAGACCACAGCAGCUGCUGAGCCGGAGAAAGGAGACGAGGAGGAGGAAGAGGGGAAGAAGGAGGCCCCGAAGGGGAGGCGCCGUGGUGGACGGAAGAAGGCCGCGGAGCCCUCUGAACCGGAGAAGGAGGAGGCCCCGCUGGCGCCGCGUGCUGGCGGGCGGAAGAAGACCACAGCAGCUGCUGAGUCGGAGAAAGGAGAUGAGGAGGAGGAAGCCCUGCUGGUGACGCGGAAGGAGGAUACGGAGCCUCCUGAACUGGAGAAGGAAGACGAUGUGGAGGCCCAGAUGAUUACACGCCGUGGGAGGAAGAAGAAUGCUCCGACGGUCGCCCCUCCACCACAGCCUCUGAAGACGGGGUCCAGAGGGGGCCAGGGAAGGUUCACAAGAGCGGCUAGUACAAGGAAGGCCGUUCUAGAGGACGAGGAAGUGGAGGAAGAGGAGGAACAUGAGGUGGCUGCGCCUAGAGAUCAGCCUGGCAAUCUGUCGACUUCCACAGCGGUAAAGGAUGGUGAAGAGGAGGAGAAGGGGGAGGAAGAGAAGGGGGAUAAGGUGGCAGCUGACGAUGGAGAAAUCGAGGUGGCUGCAAAGGCAUUGGAGGAGGAAGUCCCCAAGGGGCCGGCUUCUGCUCAGUGUGCUGCUUCUGACAAUGAGGGUGAUGGGGAAAGGGGUGGCGGAGAAGAGGAAGAUGAUGGCAAUGGGGAUUUGCUUGGCAGUAGAGGAGAGGCUUCUGCUCAGUGUGCUGCUUCUGACAAUGAGGGUGAUUGGGAAAUGGGUGGCGGAGAAGAGGAAGAUGAUGGCAAUGGGGGUUUGCUUGGCAGUAGAGGAGAUGUAGGAGAUGGGGCAAAGGUGGAGGAAUGUGCUGUUAGAAGCAGUCUUGAGACCAUGACAUUGCAGGAGUGGUUCGACCGGAUGGAAAAGUACCUCCCAAGGAUGAUCAACGAGGCUGCGGAUCAGAUGAUCGCGGAGUUGGAGGAGAAACAAAAGCGAGUCCAUGAGUACAUUUCAACGCUCAAAAAUGAACUUAACGACACGAAAAUUUGUUGGCGUGGACGAGCUCGCCUGCUCGCGUUAUCUGCAGGCGUCGGUCCUCGUCGGGAUAUGGAACGCACGCCGUAUUCCAGCUCGUAG